AUGCUAAAAUCAACGAUCAAAGCUGCCCUCUCACCGGCGAAAAUUUUGAGCCGCUUUAAAAGCCAUUCUGGCCCGCUUUCUGUGCGAAAUUUGGACUUACUCUCUUCCACAACUCAACCAUCGUCAAAUACCGAUCAAUCACUCUACGAGUUUGGCCAGAUCGUGGGAGAUGGACCAGACACGGUACGAGUGUUGUCUAGAGAGGAAUUAUUGCAAAAUGAACCUAUGAGUCCGUUCAGAAAUAGCGCUGGUGAGGCCUUAAACGGUGAAAACGCAAGAGACUCAAGACUCUCGCCUGCUACUUUGCAAGGGAAAGCACCAGGAAAACAGAUCGAACUUAACCCGCAAGUGGCAAAUGCAAUUAGAAACAACAUACUGAGUCUUCACAUUCCGAAUAAUCUGCGGAGAUCGGCUGGCAAUAGCUUUGUGGAACUUCGCCAGAGUAACCUCCACAGAUCUACUCGCACUAAUAUGGAAGUCGACUCUCAUAUCGCGUCAAUAUUUCUUCAAAAUUACGGAGCAGCCUAUCAGUGCUUGAGCGAACUUCAGAAGCGACUGGGCGGUUCCUUCCGUCCUGAUAGGGUGUUGGACGUUGGUUACGGGCCAGCCACAGGUAUGGUAGCCCUCAAUGACUUAUUAGGAGAUGGGUAUCAACCGGCCGUGAAAGAAGCUGUUAUUUUAGGGCACAAAGAGAUGCAGAAGAGGGCUAAGAUCAUCCUGAGUCGACAAUUGAACGAAGCAUUGGAUGUCGUUCCAUUUAGCACUCAAACUGAAGCAGCACCAGAGGCACAGGAAGAUACGAUUGACAUGAAUGAGGAUUUGUUAGGCGAAGUGAUGACUAAAAAGAUCAAAAUCAGGACUAAACUAAGAGAUCAAGUGCCUGAAUCGAGGUAUUACGAUCUAAUAAUUUUGACCCAUCAACUGUUAGGGACAGAAGAGAAGUUUCCACUUGAGGUGGAUACGAAUGUCGCAAAAUAUCUCAAACUAUUGGCUCCCGGUGGUCACAUAGUAGUGGUAGAACGGGGAAAUCCGAUGGGGUUUGAAAUUAUUGCCAGAGCUAGGCAGUUUUCCAUACGCCCAGAAAAUUAUCCUAAUGAGCACGGGAAGAUACCAAGACCGUGGGGUAAAGGGCAAGUACAGUCAGACAGUGGUAAGAUUAGUGAGGCCUCGAAGGAACUUGCAGAUCAUGAGGAAGAACUCGAGAGAACUGAGUCUGAUGGGCUCACUUCGAAAGAGGCAUCAAGAAAUGCUAUAGUAUCACAGCACGAUUCCAACAGUUACCACCUCAAAAUUAUUGCACCUUGUCCGCACCAUCAAAAGUGUCCUUUACAAAUCGGAAAACCUCAAUAUUAUGACUACGGCGAGGGCAAGGGACUGAAAUUCUGUUCUUUUCAAAAAUCCGUGCAAAGGCCCAGAUAUGCUAUAGAGCUAAAGAAAGGUCGCAUUCUUGCAACCCCAUGGCAAAGCAAGCUGGAGCCCAUUGGAAUCAAGGGCAUGGCAAAAGAAGGUACUGGUAGACCAAAUGGACGAAACUUCGAAAUUUUGAAUUACUCUUAUUUGAUCAUGGAGAGGUCUCAAACAGAUGCAAAGACUGUCUUAGGCAUAACUCAGCGCAGAGAAAGUGCAAAGGAGGACUACAAAGUUGGGUCCCUAGGCGACGGGACUCCCAAUACAUGGCCAAGAAUAAUUAAACAGCCACUGAAACGCAAAGGCCAUGUCGUCUUAGACCUUUGCGGAUCAUCCGGGCAGGUGGAAAAAUGGACAGUUCCCAAGUCAUUUUCAAAAGUAGCAUACCAUGAUGCAAGAAAGGCCUUGAAAGGUGAUCUGUGGGCCCUUGAUGCUAAAACAAAAGCACCAGGAAUGGGGGGACUCAAUGUUAAAAAACUUGAAAAAAUCGAACAAGACAAGAUACGUGAGGAAAGGCGCCAACUGAAGAAGAAAGAUCGCGAGCUCAAGGAAGCACUCAAUGAAGUGGACUAUAACGAUGAUGUUACACAUGAGGAAAGUGUAGAGGUUUUAGCAGCGAUGUAUGGGGAUGAGUUCGAUAGAGUCAAGAAAUGA